GAUAAAGCAGUGUAAUCCAGGCCUGUCAGAGGAGCACAGGGGACCAGGAAAGGCGUGUUUAUCUGUCAGACAGAAACAGGAAGCAACGAGGAGCAGUGCCACAGUUCAAGGCGAUUCAUUUUCUUAUAGCAUUUAAACUCGGCACACACCUGCACAAAGACAGGAAGACAGCUUGUCAUGGACUUUGUAGAUCCCAUCCUGUCCAUCGCCUCACAGAUCUAUGACCUGGUUGAGAAUGUGAAGGCCAAUAAAAAGCGCUGCCGACGUGUUUGUAACCGAGUCAAAGCCUUGGAGAAGCUGGUGAAGUCCAUCAAACAGACGCCUCCAGGGGUAGAAAAACCUCUGAGAGAACUGUCCGUCACUCUUCAAUCAGCACAGGAACUUAUCAGAAAAUAUGCCUCAGCCAAUUUGGUGGAGCGCAUCCUAAACUCCAGCAACCAUGGAGACGAGUUCAACAGUGUGAACGAACGGCUCAACGAUGCCUUCCAGGUGCUGUCUGGAGCUUUGCAGGUGGAGCAGGGGAACAUGCUGUAUGAGGUAUUUAAACAGACGACCAGAGAGAAAGAAGAUCAGUUGGAUGGGAGGGAGGACGACGCAGAACUGAAGACAUUGCUCCUGGAGUACAUGAAGGAUCAGCAAGAGAAAACCAACACCAUGCUGAAACAGUUUGAGCAUCUUAAAGUCAACGUGGAAAAAGUCGUGGAGAUGUUGAAUAAGCCCAGCAUCACUAGUGUGGACAUCCGAAUGAUUAAACCACAGGAGCUAAAGUACAAACAUCCCAAAAAGCCCUUCAUGGAAACAGCAACCUCAGAGGUCUACAAAGGAGAAUAUCGUGGAUUCACAGUUGCCAUCAAGAGAUAUAUCGACCCUGUGAACACCAACCUAGGAAAGGUGCAGUCCAUUUUCAACAAAGAAGUCGACACCAUGAAGAGAUUUGAGUCGCCCAACAUCCUGCGAAUGUUUGGUAUCAGUAUCCUGGGUGAGAAUGGACCCAACCCUCAGUUCUUCAUCAUCAUGGAGUACUGCGAGAAAGGAAGUCUUCGUCAGGUUCUGGACUCUGACUGCAGGCUGUCCUGGAUCAGGAAAGCUCGUAUGUGUUUCGAUGCAGCACAAGGACUCUAUCGACUACACAAUACAGAAGAAAAAUCUAAGGUGCACGGGUGCAUCAACAGCAGCAAGUUCUUGGUGGCUGAAGGCUACACCGUCAAGCUCGGAGGUUUUGAGCUGGCAAAAACAGAAACGUCUCUGAAAAAGGUGAAGAAAUCUACCAAUGACGACGCAAUCAGGUCCCUGUGCUACUACUCUCCCGAGAGGCUCAACAACAUCAACCAUCCUUACAGCAAAGAGUGUGAGAUGUACAGCUUUGGAAUCGUCCUGUGGGAAGUCGCAACCCGUAAGAAACCCUUUGAAGGUUUUUCAGAUGAAGAAAUUUAUAGGAAGGUGUUAGAAGAGAAGUGCAAAGAGCCGCUUCCCGAUGACUGUCCUGCAGAACUGGGCCAGCUAAUAAACGAGUGCCGAGACUUCGAUAGCUUCCAGAGGCCUUCAGCUGGAGUACUGGUGGAUAGACUGCGCAGUGUGGUGGCACAGUUAGAGGACCAAUGAAACUCUUCAUCUGCCUUUCUGCUGGCCAGGCUUAUCCUCAGGGGAGGAAAUGCAGCUUUGAAUAAAACUGGACUUUAACUUGUGGGCCACUAAAUUGUAUUUAUAUUCUACCUUUAGGGUACCUGGGUCGUUGACACAGUGAUUUCAGUUUUGUACCUUUUUAUUAGUGUUCUCAUCUUAGUUUAUUUUUGUGAAGAUUUUGGUUUUUGUUUUGCAUUUCUAUUUUUUCCCCAGUUCUUCUUGGUGUGUGUUUAUGUGGUUCUCAAGUUUUGGCUUCCUUAUUCCCUCUAUUCUGUGUCCAGUCAGGCUGUGUCUGCCCUGAUCCCACGUCUCUGUUCCCUCUGUUGCAGUGCCUGCUUGUGAGUCUGUGUCUGUAAGUUCAGUCUGUGUUUCCUGUUUUACUUUGAAAGUCUGUGUCUCAUGUUAAUGUGUCUGGUUUUGCUUCCUUUGUCUCGUUAGGUCUGAUUUGCCCCAGCUGUGUUUCCCUCCUGUUUCCCAUUCCCUGAUUGCUCCCUCUGUGUAUUUAAGCCCUGUGUUUCUCUUUGUCCGGGUUGCGAUCUACCCUCGUUUCAUGCUGUGUGUUCUGCCCGCCCGCCCGCCCGCCCAGGUUAUUGUAGUGAUGGGUGGAUGAGGCCUUGUGAAGUGUUUCAACACAUUCCCCAAACUGUAUCGAUACUGUGUCGACACACUGUUGCUAUUUUGCUCCAUACUGACACCUGCUGGACCUUAAAUAUCAUUGCAGGCAACUUACUUGAGACUCACAACAGACACUGAUUCAAUGACCUAGUCAUAUUUGUAUACACAGUCCAUGGAAUCAUUUUAUAUCUUUUACAUUGCAAAUAUUGUAGACAUCUUUAAAUAUAUUGUGAAUCACAUUAAGCGAAAAUUAAAACGAAAGUAUUAUGAAUGUAAUGUUACCCAUUUAAAUGUAAUUGACUCUUCAGAAAAUUGACUAUUCAGAAAAAUAAGUUUAUCCAAUGUUUUUGCAUUCAAUCUAUUGCAUUUUUUGGACACCAUCUCCUUAGCUUUGGAAAAAACACGCUCACAGGGCACAGAUAAAGCUGGGGUACACAAAAACUGUAAAGCCAGGUGGAAAAGGUUCAGAUAAGAUGUCCUCCUAGUCCCCCAGUACGUUAAAGGAUCCUCUGAUCUUGGAAUGUUCCUCUCCAACAUUCUCCACAAUACUAAGGGGUUGGCUGUCCUUUAUAAUAAAAUUCAGGACUGCCUGGUCAAAAACAGUCUUCCUAGAUGCUUGAUUUCAAAAUAAUAAAACACAUAUUUUUAAAAAAAUAUAUGAUGAUAAUGCUGCUCAGUGUCUAUAUAGGCCUACCUGUGUUCAUUCUCGGUGUGUUUGUCUCCUCAUUUUCAUCUUUGGCUCUGUAAUGCCUAAACACUGAGGAGGUGCUUUUGUUUGUGUAAGAAGCUCGGCAGAACAGAUGUGACAUUUAACCUGCAUAAAAUGAAAUAAAUAUUUUACACUGCAGGUCACAUUGCUGUUUUUCCU